AGUGUCAUAUUACUGCAAGGUCUUUAUAAGGAGGUACAGCAAUUCCCUGAACAGCCCAAAACUCAUGCAGAUGAUUUCGUGCCUCACUUCCCAAGGGACCAUGGCUGAUGAGAUCUCCCCAGGGAUGUCUGACAGGGCAGUUGUUGGAAAGAUAAGUAAAAAGAAACAUCAAGAAAGGCACUGUGUCACUCCUUCUCUCCCAGAUGGACAGAUCUCAAUCAACACGAACAAUGUGAAGACUGAUUCUUCAUUUGGUGGCAUUUUUGUAGGUAUGAACUCGUUUUCGGAGAGCAGUGACACUGGAAUCCUUUAUCUGAACCCUCUAACACCAAAGUGGUCUCUUGUAGAGAAGUUUGCUGAGCUCUCACCGGGAGAGGAAACAGGACUUAAUGAUGAUGAAGACAGCAGCAGUGAAGAAUUGUUACAAUGCACUAAAUAUAUUGAGAAAAAUAAUAAAAAUGGAUCUAAUGAGGUGCUCUUGGACGCUGCACAAAAGGAAAGGAACUGUUCUAAAUACCUCAAGAACAAUAAGAUACAAAGUGAUGCGUCAGUCAAACACAGGACACCUAAGCUCAAAGAGCUAAAUGCUGAGGAAUAUUCUCCUGGUGGAGGUGGGAAUGAGACCAAAAAGAAGAAUGUAAACAGUUGUCCUGUCAAGAAAUCUCUUAAAAAGUGUGAAGACGACAAGAUCCCUCGUCUUCUGGUAGCGAUGAAAAAACGCGGUGGAGUUGACACAGAGCAGCGUCCCUUCAAGUGCACACGCUGCCACUGGGCUUUCAAGAAGUUCUGCAACCUACAGAGUCACUUACAGACACACUCUGGCCUCAAGCCACAUGUGUGUGAUAUAUGUGGCAAGGCUUACUCUCACCAGGGAACGCUGCAGCAGCACAAGCGUCUACACACAGGCGAAAGACCAUAUCACUGCCCCUUCUGUGUGAAGACCUAUAUCUGGUCCUCAGAUUACCGCAAGCAUAUCCGCACACACACUGGUGAAAAGCCCUAUGUCUGUGACACUUGUGGCAAGGAUUUCAUUCGCUCCUCAGACCUGCGAAAGCACGAGCGGAACAUGCACACUAAUAACAAGCCCUUCCCAUGCACGCACUGUGGCAAGACCUUCAAUAAACCCCUCUCCCUCAAGCGCCAUGAGCGUAAGCACCUGGGAGAAAGGCCGUUCUCCUGCCCCGACUGCGGGAAGGCCUUUGCUCUGGCCAGUCGUAUGGCAGAGCACCAGAAGAUCCACACAGGAGUGCGUCCGUACGUCUGCUCUGUGUGCUCCAAGUGUUUCACAAAGUCCUCCAACUUGACAGAGCAUGAGGCCAUCCACAGUGGAGCGCGGCCCCACAAGUGCCCAGAGUGUGGCGUGGCAUUUGCCAUGGCUUCCCGCCUCGUUCGUCACCAGUACAUCCACAAUAAGGAGAAACCGCACAGCUGCACAGGGUGCAGCAAGAACUUUAGCCACCUAGCCACACUGAAGCUUCACCAGGAGCAAUCCUGUGCUGGGAGGAUCUUUGUCUGCGUGCAGUGUGACAAAUCCUUCCAGUGUGCCUCAAAGCUUGCACAGCAUAUUAUGAACCACAAGAAUGCCUGAAUGUGUUUAAAGACAGGUACUGAAAACAUCCAUCACUGUGCCAGUACUCUUCACUCAGUUUGCCACUGUAUAUCCAAAUGCAGAGGUAUAAUUUCUUUCAAAUAUUCAGUUUCAGACGCGUCGGAUCCAUUCAAGGUCAUAGGGCACCAGGUUGUUUAUGUUAAGGUAUGUAUUUAUGAUAAUUGCACCUUAUGAGUUUUAAAACUUGUUACUCACGCACCCUCUUUCCCCAUGGUGCUUGGUUCUCGUGAGUGUUGUGUGAUAAAAACUGCCUCCAGCACAGCAUCAGGAGCUGACAGCCUAAUGGUGUAAUAUGUAAGACCACACAAGAGCCUUAAGAAUAUAGACACAGUUAAGAAUAAGCCCAACAUUGCCACUUAGGAUUUAAAAAAUGCAUCAUGGUUUAUCAUGAUGAAAAGUUACUGAUGAUGUAGCAUGCCUGGUCAGUCUGAACCUGGUGGUAACGAUCCAUCACUUCACCACCCUGAAUUAAUUGACACACACAGUUCCAAAUCCUCAACUUUAGAAUCAGUGACAUUUGCCAAACAUACAGUAGAUGACAGAUAACCAGUACUGAGGAUGGGACACUGCUACAUUAUAUUGUCCAAAGAGAUGGGGGGACAGCAUAGCGUUCUCAACCCACCAUUGCCUGCUAUACACAACAAGUAACAAUUACACAAAUACAUUCAUUCAUUCUCAGAUGCAGGCUGUUCUUAUUUUCCGGUAAAUUGCGGGUAGAUUUGAUACAUUUUUUCUUGACGCACAGGCAGCAAUAGCUAUAAAAAGAAAAGUUCUCUAACGUGUUUAUAACUUGGGAGACAACUCCCGAGGCACAUUACUCUGACCACAUUAAUAGACCAGAAGAGUUGUAAUGGUUCAGGGAAGCUUGAUAAUCAGCCAUUGCCUUUUUUGGCCAGUUGACUAGAAGUUAGUACACGUUUAUCUUCAUUAUUCGUCAUUGUGUUUGACAGUACAGCUAUUUCCAUGAUGGGUGUUUUGUUUGAUAUGUGGUUUUACAGUUUAGGUUCUGUAGCUUAAUUUUCAUUAUGAACAUACCAGCUUCAUCAUAUGCAAUCAGAAAUAUCACACCAAGAAGGGGUGAAAACACAAAUAAGGUCUUUUUCAAGGAGAGUGAUAAAAGUGCAGAAGUAAGCCUAAAGGCUGUGACUGCAUAGGUGAGUUACUACAGCAGCACCCGCUGUGUAAUUUGGUGAGAUUAAUUACCCCCAAAAAAGCACUUGUAAGUCAAAUCUUUAAAUGCGUUAUGUCUGAUUAUUUUUCUUUUAAUUUCAGUAUGCAUAUAAUGUCAGUUUUAAGUCUGUGGUUCUUUUUGAUCUUUUUGAUUGCCACGCACAACAAGCAUGUUUGGUUUGUAUGAGGGUCUUUCAAACCUGAGCAUGCAGUGGAUAAACGGGAAACAACAUUGCAAACCUGUAGUGUUAAAAAACAUUGUUUGAAGAUGAAGCUCAAUAAAAGUUUCAACUAAAUGGUAAUAAAAUAAAGUCAUCAGCC